UCCCCUCCCAGCCCCCAGCCAAGCUUCCCAGUCUUGAGCCGCUCCAUGGAAGAGGCCACGUCCCCUGUGCCUCUAGAAGAGCUAGAACUCUCGGUGCUAGAGGAGCAGGCAGGGGAGCAGACGCCACUCAAUGGAGCCCUCCAGGUCCUGCCUACUUCUGCCCAGGACCCCUGCCUAGACCAGGCUAGCAAGAAGAGCCCCUGGAGUGCCUGCCACAGGAAUCUGAUUGGAAGGUGUAAACUGUGGAUGGCUAUCAUCUCUAUUUUUGUAGGCUUCAUUAUAGUGGUCAUCCUGGGCCUAUUUCUCACUGGUGUAACUUAUGUAGAUGAAGAUGAACAUGAAAUACUUGAAUUAUCAACAAACAAAACAUUCUUCAUGAUGCUAAAGAUUCCAGAGGAGUGUGUUACUGAAGAGGAAUUGCCUCACCUGCUCACUGAAAGGCUCACAGAGGUGUACAGUAAAUCACCAUCUCUGAGUCGAUAUUUCACCUCGGUUGAAAGAGUGCACUUCAGUGGUGAAAAUGCCACAGCAACCUAUCACCUGCGGUUUAUGAUUCCAGAGGAAGAUGACAGUUUUAUGACAUAUAUGAUGAGCGAGGAGUUAGUACUGGGCAUUGUGCUACAGGAUUUCCAUGAUCAGAAGGUUACUGGCUGUGAGACUCUGGGGCUUGAUCCCGAAUCUCUCUUCCUGUAUGAAUGAAGUAGUCUGGGUUGAUCUAGGUCAGAAAUCAGUGCUCCACCGAGUUUUUGAAUGAAGAGCAUUCAUUCUGUUUUGCACAGACGAUCCGGUGGAUUAACAUAGAAGUACCUGGCAAUGACCAC